GCGAGAGAGAGAGAGCGAGAGAGAGAGAGAGAGAGAGAAAUAGUUCUAACAGUUAACCAACGCAGAACAUAAGAGAGAAAGGGGUGAGAGUGGAGAGAGAGAUAAUUGUUUGGGAUACAAACAUGAUAACUAAUCAUCUGACAGCGUGAGGGUGAGAUAUACCCUGGAUUUUAAAAACCAGGGUUCAUCGGCCAGAUUGUGUCCCAAACCUUUCUCGAAAACCAAAGCAGGACAUCAAAUCUCAAUCACCAAGGCUUUGAAAACGGAAUUGCAGACCAAUGGAAGCAAUGAGUUUUGUUUUCUUUCUUUGUCAACCAGAGUGACUAAACUGUUUUAUCAGACACUGUUCAGGCUAAACAGCUGUUUUUAAAACAGAGGACUGGAAUCGCUAAGCCAAGCAGAUCAAAAAGGAUUGCUUUAUCGAACGCACAAUUAUUUAGUUUUUUUUAAAGACUGUGUUUGGAUAAUAAAUCUAAGUUGUCUUCCCUGUUAAAGUGCAACAAGUUCACGAGAACAAAAUGUGUUUCACUCCUCAAAAAAGACUGAAAGGUAAUUAUAUGCGGAAAAGUAACCAGAGAGUGUUUAAAUAGGUAACUUGCACAUAGGGAAUAAGACCGUUUUUUUUUUUUUUUUUUUACUUUAACUAGGGCAGAAAUUGCCAUGGAAACAGAAUACCAAAAACAAAUAUUUCAGGAAUGAACUAUAAACAGGAAAGAAUCACAUAAAGGGGGCGGCGACCGUUCGGUCUCCCUGAGCCGCCAAUAGAGACAUAAGCCUUGGAAAAAAAAAUAAAAAAAGAUCUGUGACUUUUCACAACACAAGAACAUAAGAAAAGUUUGGGAACGAUAAACAGGCCAGUUCAGCCCAUCAAGGCUCGUCCCUCCAUUAGCGUCUCCCCUACUGUGGGGUUAAAGUUCAUUUAAAAAGCACAGAAUCUUGGAUAACGCAUCAAAAGCACGUCAAUAAGCGGCCGAACCAAACUGCCCGCAAUGGCAGCCGCCAGAGUGAAGCGGCGUUUCAGUGUCGUGGUGGACACGCCCCUCGACGAAGAGGAAGUGAUGAAACUCGCUCAGAGUUCCGGCGAGGCGGGAGAGGGCGGAGCCUGCACGCCCGCCAGCCUGCCCUCACGCAACGGGAAAGGCCUAUCCCAGGGAAACGGGGACUGCAGUCCCUGCGGUUCCUCACCGGACCACCGGAGGCAGCAGCGAGCCCGGAACCGCUUCGUGCGAAAAGAUGGCCACUGCAACAUCACCUUCGUGAACGUGAGCGAGCGCGGCCAGCGCUACCUCACUGACCUCUUCACCACCUGCGUGGAUAUCCGCUGGAGGUGGAUGUUCGUGCUGUUCUCCCUUUCCUUCCUGCUCUCCUGGCUGCUGUUCGGCUUCACCUUCUGGCUCAUCGCCUCGGGCCAUGGUGACUUUGGCCCCCGGCCGGCCCCACCAGGUGCUCCCGAGCCCUGCUUCCUCCAGGUCACCACCUUCACGGCGGCCUUCCUCUUCUCCCUGGAGACCCAGACGUCAAUCGGCUACGGUUUCCGCAGCGUGACGGAGGCCUGCCCGCUGGCCAUGCUGGCGGUGGUGCUGCAGUGCAUCGUGGGAAGCAUCAUCGACGCCUUCAUCAUCGGCGCCGUCAUGGUGAAGAUCGCCAAGCCCAAGAAACGCAACGAGACGCUGGUGUUCUCUGAGAACGCUGUGGUGGCGCUCCGGGACGGCAAGCUGUGCAUGAUGUGGAGGGUGGGGAACCUGAGGACCAGCCACUUGGUGGAAGCCCACGUGAGGGCGCAGCUGCUCAAGCCACGCGUGACCCCAGAAGGAGAGUACCUUCCCUUGGACCAUGAGGACAUGAACGUGGGCUUCGACAACGGCACGGACCGGAUCUUCCUGGUGUCUCCUGUGACCAUCGUCCACGAGAUCGACGAGGACAGCCCGCUGUACGAGCUGAGCCAGGCGGAGCUGGAGCAAGAGGCCGACUUCGAAGUCGUGGUCAUCCUGGAGGGCAUGGUGGAGGCCACAGCCAUGACCACGCAGUGCCGCAGCUCCUACCUCAGCCACGAGAUCCUGUGGGGCCACUGCUUCGAACCCGUGCUCUUUGACAAGAAGAACCACUACCAGGUGGAUUACUCCUAUUUCCACCGCACAUAUAAAGUUCCCAGCAUCCCCAGCUGCAGUGCAAAGGACCUGGCCGAGCAGAAAUACAUCCAGACCUCGCGCGCGUCGUUCUGUUACGAGAACGAGGUGGCUUUGAUGGAUCACAGCGAGCUGGAGCUGGUGACCCCGAACCCCAGAGUCGGCGACCCGCACCUUACCCAAUCCAGCACCGCCGAGGCCUCGCCCCAACUGGACUUCAUGAGCUGCUGAGCGCAGCGCUCUGCAUGACAGACUCACAGGGCUGGGACACGCAUGGGUUCCGGUUGCAGAGUCACGAUACAGGGAGUUGUGUUAACUGUGGGUUGCGUUUCAUUGCAAUGCCGUGCGAUGCGUUCACUGUGAACCCCGAUCGCUUUUCAGCACGCCUGGUGAUCUUAUCCAAGUUAAAAACAAAUAAAAAGGGAAAAGCUAAAGUUGGUUUGAAAACAAAAACAUAUCUAAACAGAAACUUUUGAAUUGAAGCCGCGCGUAUUGUUUCUACGCAGUUAUCUCGAUGAAAUAUAUUUAAUCUUUUCAGUGUUACUGUUUCAAAUUGUUGCCUCUCUGUUCCCUUAUUGAUAUGAUUUCAGAUUUGCAGGAAUCUUUUGACAAGGUGGGUAUGAGGAUUUCAAUUUAAAACGAUUGCCUCAAAUUUCUAGGAAUGUCGACGCGUUCGCUGCUAUUCUGUCUGCAUUCAUUCAGAGACCAGUGUUAUCUUUUCCGUUAUUUGUUAGUUAAUAUAUAAACAGACCAGCUGCAAACACGAGAGCCCUGUGGAUUAUCAAGUCCCAGCUUUUAACCGCGUCUCACCGACAAGGGACAGAAUACACAACACUGUCCGCUGCAUCCGUUUAUAAAGAUCUUAAUGUGGAACACUUAACUCAAAAUGAACAAGGUUUGUUAACAGUUAACAAACUAAAAAUAAAACAAGGCCCUUUAAAUGAAACGUGAGCAUUAAAUAUAUUAACAAACGAUACAGCUUGGAGUGUCCCACGACUAUGUCGCUUCGCAUACUGAUUUCAAUGAGGAAGGAAACGUGUAUCUCUAUAGCUAAAACUACCAGUGGAGAACGCGUGAUGUAUAAUUCAGUAGCAAAUACAGAGCAGGCUAAACUGCGGAUCAAUACAGUCAACAGACCCCAAGAAAUAACACCUCAGUCUAAAACUGACCAGUGUUGUGGGACACGGCAGAUUUAAAAAGGACCUUUUCAAAUUGCUCAAAGCUUAAUUUGAGGAAUCGGGUGUACAGUAUAUUUUAAAAUCACUGUUGAUUUCUGUUGGUUUCUGUAGAUUAUUUGCGGAAAACCCGUUUAAGUCAUCGGAAUAAUUAUUAUUUUUGUAGUAUCAGAAGUUGCUCUUAAAGGAUCCCAGUGGUCGGGUGCUGACAGCAUGACCAAUGCGAGGAGAGACACGAAAUCACUGAAGACAGAAGAAUCUUUCAGGGAAUGUUGCAUACAUUAUCACAGAUCUGCAGGACAUUUCCAUUGUGCGUGUAUAUUUUGGGACAGGGUGCAAUUAUUGUGUAAAAACAGGAUUAUUUAUAAAAGUAGGAAACUUUGAUUUGUUUUUCCUUUUGUCAAGCAGGCAAGCUCGCAGUUUUAGAAAUUGAAACGGAUUACUCGGGGUAACUGCAAUGUGUUAAGAACUGAAAUAUAAAUAGUAAUGAUAUCGCAGUAUAAAGGAUACUGACAUUAAUAAUUCUGUCUGCUUUGGAUGUGUGUGUUUAUUGUUGUAUGUAUUUAGGAUGUAGGGAAUUCACUUUUUAAGACUAUUUUGGGUAGAAAAUAAAACUGUUGU